AUGACCGACCUGUUCAAAAUAGUUUACCAUUUCAUGGAGGCGAUGGAGAAUUGGUAUCCAUUCCCAAGCCGUACCGUCUUGCUCUACCCAAAUCGCUGCAAACCUGGGAAUCCCAACUUCGCGCCCGCUAUUCCACCAAACCCCAUCGCAAGACUCUACAUCAACAAGACAACUGCCGGGUCCCUUAUCGUUGCAAUUGAGGAGUAUCAAGCCAUCAUGUGGAGAGUCCGUCCUACCGCGUGGCCAAGUAUGCCACACGACGAACGACAAAUCUCAGACAUCAAAUUCCACAUGACGGGUUUACUUCAAACCAUGAGAAGCAUUAUUCCCGAUCAUCUUCAUGAAAUUCCUGGUCCUCUCAAGGAGACGAUGGAUUGUCUUGCCCAAAGCCUCAUUCGUCUAGAGAGUAUCAAUCCAGACAUCCGCGGGCAAUGGCAAACUUUCAACGAUGUCUCGUCACACACUAGCUCAAAUACCUAUCAAGAAAUCCUCAACUUGACAAACAUGAAGCUCCGUCAGCUCAGAGACAAGGCAAUCGGCGACACCUUCCCUUCUCCAAUUGAAGAUAAGGAGGCUGAGAGUGCUGCUGCUAUGAUCAUUGAGUCAACUACUCCUCGUCAAGAAAACAUUAAAGCAGAUUCUACUGGGAAACGAUUUCCAAAGAUUUGGGGAAUCCCUAUCAACUUUAAUGUUUUUCGUAGGCGAAAGGAAACAACCUCGGAGUCCUCUUCAGGGCUGCAAACGCCACCGGAGCAACCAACUCCACCCUUACCAGCUGUAGCCCCUAUUCCAAUCAUGCAAUCAAUAAACCCAACUCCGAUGUCGCCGAUUCCAACGCCGUCGUCUGUGGCUCCUUCUUGGUGGCCGCGUCCAGAAUCCCGAGGAGGUUCUGGCACCGACUCAGGGCCGCCCAGCACACUUUCUUUUGUGGCUGUCAGGGCCCCUCCACUUAAUAUCUCGGGUAUUCCAUAUCGCAUACUCGACACUCCGGUUGGAUCUCCCAUCACCGCCCCACCAUACUCUCCGGUUUCAAAGAAUGCCACUGUUGCCCCGAUCACCAUCGGGACCCCAUCGUCGUCUCCAACCCAUGUAGCCAUAAGAGAAGCUGCAGAGGGAUAUCGACGAAAGAAGGCAGCGGAAUUCCAGCUCAAACCCGAGGGCAGGAGAAAACCAAUAAGUCAAAGUAGAAUGGCAAGGGCAGCAGCUCGUAGAGCUGCAAUGGGGUUCCACAGCAACCCUAACCCAGACCCAAUCUCUGGGGUCAUCGUCGGGGAAGUCCUACAUAUCGAAAAUGUAGGGCGUCAGAUCCCCAGGCCUCGAACCCCAAAGCCGCCACCAAGGGUCCAAACCACCAGGCCGCAGCCUUCAAGGGCUCGCCAUGCCCGGGUUCGAGUCGUUCAGGCUCGACCCACCGGCGGGGACGACGAAAACGUCCCCAGGGCCCUCGCUCUCGCAGCCCCUCCUGCCUCGCCUGCUUUACAGAGCCAGUCCUCAUUCACGAGGGCUGACUUUGCAAAGCAGAUGAUUCCGAAGACUGGGGUUACCCCAGUUUCUCUGCUUUCCAUCCGCGCUUAG